AUGCCUCAGUGUCUCUCGCCGCAGUUCGAGUCUAAGAGCCCCGCUAUCGUGGAACUGCUAAGCGACGCAGUUGACAAGUGCACAUCAGUCUCGGACCGGUGUUCGGUGGACAGAUUUACCGAGUACGAUGUUCCCUGUGGACUCUUCAGCAAGCUAGACUACGAGUCAGGUCGUCUUCUCUCGGUGAACAAGCAGCCUCUGCUCGAGGGAUGCGAGCAGCCGCAGCGAAAGAGUGAACUAGACGACUUUGUCUAUCUGGAAUUUUUCGUCGACACCAUCAAGCCUGAGUACGCCUCAUUGAAUGCGACCAAUGUCACCACUACGUUCACUAAUUGCGUAAACAAUUUCAAGCUAACAAAUGAAAGCCCAAUUGCUGGUCAGGUAGAAGGUUCCGAGAAAAACUCCUCAUCCAAUGCUAUGUACUCGAAUGCACCUACUCAGGGACAACAACAGCAGCAGCAGCUUCCACCGCCCACUUCACUAGCGACUAGCUCUGAGCAGCAACAGUCCCACUUGCUGAACAGCUUCCGAACCUGUUCAGGGGCUGAUGUAAGCGGCAGUGUCAGUGGUGGCGGAGGUGGCGGCGGCGGCGGUCCUGCUGGCACCGAUGUCAGUCCUGUUGGCAGUGGUGCCAAUCUGCUCAGCGGAAACAAUCUCUCCUUGAAUGGGUCUCACUCUCACUCCUACGUGACCGCCCCCAGUCUCAUCGGCAGUUCGGCAAUCGGGGAGGACCUCUUCAGUCGCAUCAACAAUCCGAGCACUUUUCAGUGUACCAACUUUCAAGCUCCCCACAAGUACCAAUGGCCUUACUACACCUCCUCUGCACCCUCCCCACUAGAGUACACUAACCUCGGCAGUCAGCUCGCCUUUAAGCAUGAGUCUCUGUGCCAAAGUGAAGCCUACAGCGUAAACAUCUCGGAGUCUAUCAAGCCCGAGCCCGGUGAAGGCGCUCUCUCGCCCACGAACAUUGGCGGCAGUCUGGUGGAGGCAGGCCGCAGCGGUGGUGGCCCUCUCACUGCCAACGAGAACAGCGGCAGCGGCGGUGCAGCCAGCGGUAAUGACGGUAAUGAGGGAAGCAACCCCGGUGCCACCGGUGGCGCCUACCAGUCCGCCGCCGACCACCAGGCGACGCUGGCCGAGUACAACCAGGCCACCAGUAAAGGUCACGAGAUACUGAGCCAGGCGUACCAGAACAGUCCAAUUCCCAUUAAGCUGCUGCCCGUCAAGUCGCGCAAGUACCCGAAUCGACCUUCAAAGACGCCCGUUCACGAGCGCCCGUACGCCUGUCCGAUUGAGUCCUGCGACAGACGCUUCUCGCGCAGUGACGAGCUAACCCGCCACAUUCGAAUUCACACCGGACAGAAGCCGUUUCAGUGUCGCAUCUGCAUGCGCUCCUUCUCCCGUUCAGACCACCUUACCACCCACGUCCGUACGCACACUGGCGAGAAGCCCUUUGCUUGUGAUUUGUGCAACAGAAAGUUUGCCCGAUCUGAUGAAAAGAAACGCCACGCCAAAGUGCACAUGAAGCAGAAGAUCAAGCGUGAGCGCACCUCAGGCC